AAUGGCUAAUACUUGCCUUUAUUCAUUAAUAAAAGCAUCAGAUGAUAGUUGCCAAUAUGCAAAAGAUAAUUGCAAUGAUCAAACAAUAUUCCCAUUUACACAUUAUUAUUUCUGUUAACUUGAUGAAAAUUGGGUAAUAUUAAUAUUGAUAGCUGUAUAUGAAUUGAAUUAAUUAUUUAUAGCCAUUCUUGUUUUUCAUAUUGUUUAACUUUUUAGCAAGGACUGUAGAUGACUAUUUAUCACCUGCAGUUACUUUUAUUGCAGAAUAUUUCAAAAUGUCAUAAACUUUUGCAGGGUAUUUACAAAUAAGUUAUGAAGUGUAACAUUGAUAGCAUUUGCAAAUGGUGUACCAGACUUUUUAUGUGCAGUUUUAGCCUCAUAAGAUGAUGAUGGUAUAUUGAUAGCUGUUGGGAGUAUAUUUGGUAGUGGUCUAUUUAUGACAACAAUAAUAGUAGGUGCAGUAAUUUUAUUAUCAGGAGUAGUGAAAGUAUUGAUUAAGAUAAAAAUUUUAAGGCAGAGAAAGUACCAUUUAUGAGAGAUAUUCUAUUUAAUGGAGUUGCCAUUAUAUUAUUGAUGAUAUUUGCAUUUAUUGGAUAAAUUAAUCAUUACAUGGCUAUUGGAUUUUGUUCUUUAUAUCUACUUUAUAUAAUUGUAGUCUUAGUAAAUGAAAAUAGUAUUAAGAAAAGUAAAUAAAAUAAUUAAUUAUUAGAAUAGAGAUAGGAUGAAAUAAAUUCAUAAGAAGAAAAAAGAGAAUAAGAGGAAAAAUAAUUAUUAGCACAAAAAGAUUAAGGAGAAGAAGGUAAUUAAGCUAUUUAGAAUGUUGAUGAAGAAUUAAAAAAAGAAUUGGCAGAAUCAAUUCCUGAAUCUUUCAAGAAACCAUUUGGAGAAAUGACUACAAUCUCUAAGAUUAAAUAUGUUUAUAUAACCUCAUUAGAAUUUGUUAGAAAAAUCACUAUUCCUGUUAGCAAUCAAGAAAAAUAUGAUAAAACAUAUGCAGCCAUACAUUAACUUGUUUGUCCAAUUGCAAUGAUAGCAUUAUUAGGAUGUAUUAUAUAUAGUCAAUAAAUUUUAAAUAGCAUUUUCAAUGGAAAUUUAUGAAAUUAAAGUAUGGAUAAUUUUAGAAGUAAUUGGAUUACUUUUGUUUAUUUAUUAAAUAAUAUUUGAAAUUCCUAUUAUUAUAUUGUCUAUGGAAUGUGUUGUAUGUUCAAUUAUAUGGUGUAAAUAAGUUAUUUAAGUUUUGAUUGAUUUCAUUUUAGUACUAAUUAUUUUAAUCAAUUUUUAGUUAAUAUAAACAAUCACAGGAGUGAGUUAUUCUUAUUUAGGUAUGACAUUUUUAGCAUUUGGAAAUUCUACUUGUGAUUUCUUGGUUAAUACUAAAUUAGCAUCAAUUGGUUAUGGAUUGAUGGCUAUGACAGGAUGUUUUUCAGGUGGUGUCUUUAAUAUGUUAUGUGGAUUUGGUGGAGCUUUAGUAAGAUUGACUGCAAUUGAAAAAUAUCCAGGAGUAGUAUCAUUUGAUCUAUUUAGAGAUGCAAAGAGUGAUUCAUAAACUGAUAUUGUAAAAUUAUAUAUAUUAAAUUAGAUUAUAACAAGAAUGAAUAAUUCUAUUGCUUAUUGUGUCAUUAUAUUUUCAUUGAUGAAUAUUAUUAUGACAUGUAUUGUUGUAAUUACUAAAAAGUAUUAAUUUAUAAUCUAUUUUCAGAUUCAAACUGACUAAAAAUUUAGCAUAUUAUUAUUUCUUUAUUUAUUCAGUAUUUUUUAUUUUCAUUACAACUUUAACAAUUGCAUUAAGUUCAAUAGUCAGUUAUUUAUCAGAACAAUGA